CCUCUGUUUUCAUGUUCUGGUUUUCAGAUCUGUAGAAAAACUCACAAUAACUUUUUUUUUUUUCUUUUGUAAAAGAGAGAUAAAAUAUUAGCCUUAGAUUUGUGAUAACUUUUGUUAUCAGAGCCCAUACCUAUCUUGUUCUCUUGUUUGGUUUUUUUCUCUCUAUAUAUUUGGUUUUUGUAACAUUGGCUGAACCUUUCUCUCCCUCUGUCUCUGUAUUGUGUUUCUUUUGGCUAGUGAAGAGAGUGAUAGAGAACAGCAAAGAAGGUCUGUUUAUCCAACUUGUGGGAUUCCUGUGGUGAGUUUUGCAGCGGGAAAGGGUUGAGAAGAAGGAAGGAGCAGCGAGAUUUAUGUCGUCUGGGUUUAUUGAAUCGAAAGUGGUUGUAGUUGGGGCUCUGUAUCAGCAGCUCUGGAUUUAUUCUCUGUUAUUGACUAUCUCGUCGGUGUUCUUCGCCUGCUGUAUGCUUCUCUGCCUCAGCGAGCAGAGGUUGACUCUCGUGAACCCAGCUGUUUCAAUGCGUUUGAGGCCAAGAAGGACUUGUUCUGGAGUAGUGUGUUUCGGAGGCUUUCACAUACAAAGAUUUUCAACACUUUUUUUGUUCUUAAGAGGGGAUCUCACCUGAGAUUGCGGAAUUUUGUUUCGUUUUUUCUUUUGUUUCCUUCUUUCUUUCUCUUCAAUUGUUCAAAUUUUUUUCUCCCUUCAUAUCCGGGUAUUUUGAGGGGUUUUUGGAGGGUUUUUCGUCUUCCCCCGAAACAAACAAAUUUUGUUAUUCUUGUUCUACCUCGCCUACCAUGGCGGAGCCUCGGAAACAACAUAGAACAAAGCAAAGAACUCACGAGUCCUCCAAGAUGACCAGAAAACUCCGCAUAAUCUACGCGGAUCCUGAAUUAACCGAUUCAUCCGACGAUGAUUCAGAGAUGAACCAAAAGAGAAUCAAGAGGAGCAUCCAUGUGAUCCCUCUCCCCCUUCCCUCCGGCCUCUCCACUCCCACCUCCUCCUCCGAAGUUGUUGCAAAACUUAAACAACCCAUCUUCAAGAGGAGGGUUUCGCCGGCAACCGGUACCAAGAGGCAAACCUCCGGCAAGUACAGAGGAGUUAGGCAGAGGAAGUGGGGAAAAUGGGCCGCUGAGAUUCGCGACCCUUUCAAGAGCGCACGCAUCUGGUUGGGUACUUACAACACUGCCGAGGAAGCUUCACAGGCCUACGAGGCUAAAAGGCUCGAGUUUGAAGCCAUGGCGAGGUCCAUGUCUCAGUCACAGUCUCAGAACUCCGAUGACAAGAGCAACUGCUGCAACUCAUCUCCUGCUCCCGCCGGAGUUUGUGUUUCCGACAACAAGUCCUCUACAUCGGAGGGCUCCGAUAGCGUUUUCUCUUGCACUUCUCCGUCCUCUGUUCUUGAGUUGGAUUCUUCAGCUUCUCAUUCCAACGACAGUGCUAAUGCUAAUGCCAAUGCUAAUGAAGCUGUUGAGACUAAUGAUUUGGAGACUGGUGAUUUGGUGGCUGAAUUGGCUGCCUUGGAGAUACCGGAUUUGAGCAUGCUGAACCUCCCUCCUCCGUCACCACCACCACCACAGUCUUCUGUCUCUGUGUCUACCGCCGCUGCUUCUGUGCCUGAGAUCGGCCUUGGACUCGAUUUUGACUGGAUAAAUUUUGAUGAUUAUGGACAUGGAUUUGAUGAUCUUGGUGGGUUCGAGGAUUUGCAAAUCUGCGGCUUGGAUGAUAAUGGGCCUAGCCAACUUCCCGAUUUCGAUUUUGAUGAUUUUGGUGCUGAUGAGUUUGCUGGUUGGAUUGAGGAACCCCUCAAUAUACCCUGCGCGUAACAAGUUUUGCAGCUACAUAGGAGCAAUAAGAAGCCUUAGAUUACUAUCUACUAAUAUAUAUAUCUCUAUAUAUAUAAGUUUUGUUUAAUGUUGAGUGUAGUUCUAUAGUAAGUUUUGUGAGAUUUCUGGAACUGCAAAACCAGUUCCUGAGCAAGUGAGCGAGUGGUUUAUGAGUUGAUAUUAAAUUUUGUUUGGUUGAGUCAAAGAUGUUUAGAUCAACUGAGGAUACUCUGGGUUUUCUUGUGCUAUUAGAGCCGUCCCAAGUGUUCUCAAGUGAUAUAUUAUUAAUAUUUAUAUCAUCUAUCUAUCUAUCAAGUAUGAAAUUCCAGAUA